ACCCCAUUUCUGACACCGCGACAUCGAGCACAGCGAAGACGCUGAUUGCAACACAGGAAACAGAUCAUUCCGACCGAUCCAGUAAUUCGACACAAACCGCACCCCUCCGCGCCUUGCCGAACACGCAGUUCAUACAGACAAAGAUCAUGGAAUUUGAGUUACGACCCAUAGAGGAAGAUGACUUCGCACGCGUUGUCGAAAUCUAUUACAUCGCCUUUGCCGACAACCCUCUCUCUCUGGCGACAAUCCCUCGCACUCCUGCUUCGAGAAAAUUCUUCGACGCAGUCAUGGGCCACGCAUUGAAGCACCCGACGGUAUACCACAACAUCAAAGCCGUCUCGCGCUCGACUGGGGAGACGGUGGGCAUCGGCCUAUGGAUCGCGCCCAAAACCGCCAUGUCGGAGGCUUCAGCACUGCCGGAUAUACAGCCACCGGAAGGAAGCGAUGUGGAGUUGUUCAACAAGUCUUUUGAGGUAUGGGGGAAGCGUCAAAGCGAGCUCAUGCAAGAUCGCCCGUUCUGGAAACUCGAUGUCCUCGGCGUACUGCCUGAGUAUCAGGGCCGAGGCAUUGGGAAACUGCUGAUUCAGUACGGUAUUGACCGAGCGGACGAGCAAGGCAUCGAAGCGUAUCUCGAUGCGUCACCUAAAGGUGCUCCCGUCUACGAACGCGUCGGUUUCCGUGGGAGUCAUCUGGUGGAGUUUGAGAUUGACAACGCCAAGCGUGAGGCGCAGAUAAGCAUCAGCCAUUCUGUUAAUUCGACAAGUGUUUGAGCAGCCUUCAAGGAGGGCGGCGCAGUGGGAAGCCGAUACUUCACCCGGCAGUGUAUAUUAAUCACGAACCGUCUCUUCCGGUCUGCGUGGCAAGGGCCUGUCUUUGCUCAAGGGAAGACCGCCGAUCGCCAUCGAGCAAAGGGCCCGAGGGCCUUCGUCAGAGUUACCAAUACGAGAGGAUCCGCCUCGCCAGCACAAUCGGCCACGCAGUGGAUUUGACA